AUGAAUCUCUAUUAUCCGUUCCUCGCGGUUCUCGCUGUUCUCAUCGCCAAUUGCCUCGGCGCAUCAGAAUACCAUGAACGGCUCGAACUGCAACCCCUGCCUGGGUCAUCGCUGCUUGCCUCGUUCAAUUUCCGUAGUAACUCGUCGGUUUCCUCCUUCGAAAAUCAACACUAUCGCUAUUUGCCUCGCUCCCUAGGCCAGAUUCUACAGCAUACACAUACAAAAGAACUUCAUAUCCGUUUCACGACUGGUCGGUGGGAUGCCGAGAGUUGGGGUACAAGGCCAUGGGAAGGUUACAAAGAAGGCGCAACAGGUGUGGAGUUGUGGGCAUGGAUUGAAGCCUCGAGUGAGAAAGAGGCAUUCUCCAACUGGCUUUCUUUAACACAAUCGCUUUCCGGACUGUUCUGCGCUUCUUUGAAUUUCGUCGAUGGCACACGAACGACACGCCCCGUUGUUUCAUUCGAGCCUCGAGGUGAUCAUGCAAAUAUCGAUCAGCUACACUUGCUUCACGGCACCCUGCCCGGUGAGGUCGUGUGUACGGAGAAUCUCACGCCGUUCCUGAAAAUGCUCCCCUGCAAGGGGAAGGCGGGAAUUUCCAGUCUUUUCGAUGGCCAUAAGCUAUUUGAUGCUUCGUGGCAGAGUAUGUCUAUCGAUAUCAGGCCAACUUGCCUCUUAGACGAUGGAGAGUGCUCUGUUGAAGUCGAGCAGAGCGUCGACAUGGUUUUGGAUAUUGACCGAUCGAAACGUCCCCGCGAUAAUCCUAUUCCUCGCCCUAUUCCAUCCGAACAACUCGUCUGUGACCCGUCUAAGCCGUAUAACUCUCAGGAUACAUGCUAUCCUCUAGAAGGCAAAUCCGAAAUUGGAUGGACACUUUCUGAGGUGUUUGGACGCCCUAUUCGGGGCCAUUGUCCUUUGACCGACGAAGGUCCCGGAUCAAUGACUGUCUGUCUGAAGGUACCCAAAACCAGAUCUGUAUUCAUUACUGCAGGCGCGUCCGAGACAAGGGGUUCCGAUGGGAUCUCACGAUGCUAUACAUUGCCGCCAUCUGAGGAUUUUGAUCUAAAUCUACCUGAGGAAGAGAUAGAAACUAAUCUGUCUUUGCAACAAGAAGUUGUCCAUGCCGAACGGACUAUUAUAGGACAUGGACAGGAACGAGGUGGCAUGCGGGUAAUUUUCAGAAAUCCAUCUACGAUUGAUACCGUGGACUUCAUUUACUUUGAGUCUCUACCCUGGUUCAUGCGUCCUUAUCUUCAUACUCUACAGGCCACCGUCGUAGGUAAUGACGGUGUAUCACGGCAAAUACCAGUUUCGGAAAUUAUUAAGGGCAUCUACUAUCGGCCUGCCAUUGAUCGCGAGAGAGGAACUCAGCUUGAACUAGUGCUCUCAGUCCCCGCUGACUCUACCGUGACGUUGAUAUACGAUGUUGAAAAAGCCAUAUUACGAUACACCGAGUAUCCACCAGAUGCAAAUCGGGGCUUUAACGUGGCACCUGCGGUAAUCAGAAUCCUGGCAAAAGAAAACCAGUCAUCCGUCUACCUCCGUACAACAGGCCUAUUAUUGUCACUUCCUACUCCCGACUUCAGUAUGCCUUAUAACGUUAUUAUUCUAACUAGCACUGUCAUGGCGUUAGGGUUCGGUAGUAUUUUCAACUUGCUAGUCCGUCGCUUCAUCCCUGCAGAUGAGCCUGCUCUGCGUGCCUACAGCCUUAAGGCGAGGUUGAUUAGCAGACUAAUUGUCCUGCGUGAUCGUUUUAAGGGGAAGAUAUCGAAAACAGAGUAA